GUGGGGGGAAUCGAAGAGCAUAGUAAAAGUAGUUACGAAAUGCUUCAGUGCUCUUAACUAAGAUUUCUGUAAAUAAGAGCCAUGGUUACAAAUUCGUGUAUUUAUGUAUCGAAUAAAAAUACUUGUAUUUUGUGUGUGGUCGAAAGAUAGUUUGGGAUGAUUUUAUGACAAAGGCAGGUUAUACUAUUCUAUUACAUAAGAUCUAGUUUUACCCAAAUCCCAGAGAAGUGGCCUGUGAAAGUGAAACCAUGCCAUUGCAAAAGUUAUACCACUGUUUAAGAGGACCUAAACUAUACAGACAAUUGAGAAGUGAUGAAACGCAGGGAAAGGUAUACCAAGGAAACUUCAUGGAAAGUACAGGAGACAGAUUUUUAAGUGUUAUUCGAUUUUGCAUGUCUUUCACAUAUUGGACCAGUCCAGUUGUCCUGUGUGUCCUGUAUCGACGGGGCUACUUUUCAACAGAGGGGCUUGUCAGUAUGGGGAAAUUUAUGUUUUCAAUUGGUGUCAUCUACACUGUGGCCUACAUUACUAGAGGAGUGGGUCGCUGCAGCAAUGCAGAUUACAUCACCUUCCUUGGUAUACUGUCAGCAGCUCAGAGGUCUUUGACUCAACAGAACAAGAGGAUGUUAGCUAGAUAUGACUUUGAGUUUUGGGCAUGGCCAGUAGACUGGCGUAUGGGAGAAAAUGGGGAAGUAAAGAAAAUCCAUCAGCAGAUUCAAAGAUCAAAACAACUGGAAUUUUCAAUUACCAAUCUUCCACAGAAAAUUUUGGGUUAUUUUGCAGUACACACUUUUGGGAGACGGAUGCUCUAUCCAGGAGCAACGGCCCUGAUAAAUGCAUUAGUGGGGCCAGUACUGAGCCAGAGUAGAGCAACCUUAGUGGAAGAGAAGAAAGGCCAAAGAGCAAAACUUUUGUCAGCAGAUGGGAAUGAAAUAGAUGUUUUAUUUGUGGACAGGAGACAUUCUGGAAACCAGAAUGGAAAUACUCUAGUUGUAUGUUGUGAAGGUAAUGCUGGCUUCUAUGAAAUUGGCUGUACAGUGACACCUAUAGAGGGAGGCUACUCUGUAUUGGGUUGGAAUCAUCCAGGAUUCUCAGGAAGCACGGGAAUUCCCUUGCCAUCUCAAGAACAAAAUGCAGUGGAUGCUGUCAUGCAGUAUGCUAUAAAUAGCUUGGGAUUCACUCCUGACAAUAUAGCAGUAUUUGCCUGGUCUAUUGGAGGAUACACUGCAUCAUGGGUAGCAAUGAAUUACCCAGAUUUAAAGUACAUUGUAGUGGAUGCAACGUUUGAUGAUCUUGUUCCACUGGCUCAGGCCAGGAUGCCAGAAUAUUUUGAGAAUUUUGUCGAGUUUACAGUAAAGUCAUACCUAGAUUUAAAUAUAACAGAACAAUUAACAAGGUACACAGGUCCAAUACUUCUAAUUAGAAGAACCCGAGAUGAAAUGAUUACAACAAAGGCUGAUCCUACCGGAGUGAAACUGUACACAAAUCGGGGGAAUUACCUUCUUGUAAAACUAUUACAAUUUAGAUAUCCACAUAUAGCAGAUGACAGUACAUUAGCUGUGUUAGCUGACUGGUUAGCCAGGCUGAAACCUCAGCAGGAGGACCUUUGGCAAACAUAUGAAGUCAAUGAGGAAGAAUGUUUAAUCAGAAUUAGAUCCUAUUCACAGAGUGAAUCUGAUGUAUUUCCCUGUAAUAUAGGGGAAGAUUACUCUGAAGAAGAUAAAAAGAAAAUGGUGUUGUAUCUAGCAUCACGUUAUAUGGUAGACUUUGAUUCCACACACUGCAAUCCUCUUCCUGCAACAUUUUUCAAAACACCAUGGACACCAGACAGUGAGGACCAGCCCAAGUUUUUAUGACUAGAUCUUUAUACCACUGUGAAUGCUCAAAAUAUAGAACGAUUCUAAUGACAUCCUUUUGUCAUAUUUCACAAAAUGAAAUUGUUUGCUGAGCAACAAAUGUUUUGUCAUAUUUUAUACUUUUCUUAUUUAAUUAAAUUUAGAUACACUUACAGAACA